GAAAGAAAGAGAGAGAGAGAGAGAAAGAGAGAGGAGAGGAGAGGAGAGGAGAGAGAGAGAGAGAGAGAGGAGAGAGGAGGGGAGUGGAAAGGAAGUGGAUUCCCGCGUUCGAUGGUCCCGAUCGGAGAGGCCCGCCACGAUCGACGCAAGGAUGCCUAACGAGAACGCGCCAGUGUGCGGGUGCGGGGUGGUGGUCGAUCUGCCGAAAUCGCGAAAUGGCGCGCUGUCCUCGAGACGGCUCACGAUCAGAAUACCCAAGUCGAAGGGUGGGAAAUCGGACGGGCGGGCUGCCAAGAAGCAGCAGCAGCAGGACGACGCUCGUGGGAAGAGCAGAACUUCCGAAACGGGAAGUUGCAGCUCGGUGACGGAGCAAGCCAGACCGGUUACGAAAAGCAGCAAACACGAGAAGCGUUUGAAUCACUCGAGGAGGACCCGAAGCGCGGACAGGGCGGAGUCGCACUACACUUAUAUAGAGUCCGGCUCGAGCAUCCUUGGCGGUGGAAUAAGGGAGAACGCUAUACCGGAGGCGUUGUACGCCACCAUUCCAGACACGGCGAACGCGACCGCAAACGAAAGCGGAAAUGGUCAAUUAAACGCGCAAAGCAGGCCGGUUUACGCCAUCCCCUCUAUGGUAUCGCCACCGCCCACCUACGACGUGGCCAUCUCGAAAACAUGGCAGACCGGUCUUCCGCCCACCUACGAGGAAUACUUGUGCCACAAGUACGCCAUGAUCUCUCGUUCCCAUACACCACCGCCGCCAUGGUCGGACUCCACCACGUCGACAGCCACGACGACACCAACCGCGCCCACAGUUCAAACUCGCCGCGAAUUGUUGGCAAGUCAACCAGAGCUGAGGGAAUACCUGGCGCAAUUGUCGCUCUCUCAGAACAACGACAGGCCGGCCGGCCAUCACCACCAUCACCACCACAACCAGGGAACCGUGCUCAGAGACAGCAGCUAUCUCUCGAAUCAGCAAGCCUCGAGGGAGCAAGCGAGGACGCAGCAACGUCCACGAGCCAUGCCUCCCAGAUCCCAGAGCGAGAGCCGCGUGCAGCAGCAGAGAAUCGCGACCAUGUACGAGGACGGCGCGUUCUGCAUGGAAACGACCGCGCUGCAAUCGGCGUUCGAGAACGGGAUAGCUUUGUGCAGCCUGAUGUAAUCGGCAAGCCCACCAAUAUCCCAGUGAGGGGGAGGAAGGAUGAUCCCAGGAACGAAAUCUUUUUUUCUUUUUUUUCCCCUCGUUUAUUCCCCACCGUUCGAAGAAGAAGAAGAAGAAGAAGAAGAAGAAUUUCAUCUGGAUGGAUGCAACGAAGCGAAGCCCAAUGUCGAAGUUCUUCCCCCGACAAAUCCCUUUCGUAUCGAUCUUUCCCUUUCCUCUUAACCCCUCUUCUUAUCUUCUUAUCCCUAUCUUCAUCGAUGGAGAUGGAAUCGAAAAAGUUUGCGAACGAUUAAUUAAUUACUUUGUUCGUACACAGAAGGAUCCGUGUGGGACGACCAGAGAGGGAUUUCGCCAAUUUUUCAAGCUAAUUUUAGUCGGGCAAAGCCGUCGCGGGUGUUCACGAUCUACGCUCUGGAUAACGAACUUUGUCUCGAGGAAUAUCUUGUGAACGAUUCUUUUAAUACAGAUUGGGAUAAAUAAUCGAUUAAAUUAAACGCAGAAAGGUUUCUCUCCCCUGUCUCUAGUGGUUUUAUUUAUCAAGAGCAAAGAUCUACGCUCUGGACUUUGCCUCGAGCGAUGGUCGAAUCGAUCUUGUGAACGAUUCUUUUAAUACAGAUUGGGAUAAAUAAUCGAUUAAAUUAAACGCAGAAAGGUUUCUCUCCCCUGUCUCUAGUGGGUUUAUUUAUCAAGAGUUUCUCGAGCAAACGAUAUAUAAUAUAGAUAGAUUUUCCACUGCAUCUCGUUUCCAAUAACCUUUGAAAUUCUUCUUCCACGAGGCAGCUAUCAUUCGCACGAAUCUUUCCUCGAGUUAUAGCCGAGGCAUUGUCCUCGAAUGGUUGAUAACCGUUGGUUAAUUCAAUUCGUGCGAGGGAUCGCACGAGUCGGGAGGAGUGGCAAUUCCAUUCGUUGCUCGAGCAUCGAGCAAUGGAAUGUUUGAGGAUAACUCGGUUUCGACGAGUUCAUCUUCGUUCCGCGUAGAAACGAAAUAUUUCGCCAUUGCCUUCUGGUCGAUUCGCGCCUAACGGAGAGAAUAACCAAGUUUGAAGUUUCUGAAUUUAAUCUUGUUAUCUCGAUGACUUUUGAUCACUUCGAUUUUCUAUUAUAUUGACGCGAUAUUUAAUUUCUUUUACAUAUAAACUCGAGAUAUCUUCGGUUCCAUUUAUAAUCGUUUUAUCGAGUAAAACAUUGAUAUUCUUCUACGAUUUAUACGAUAAUAUUUAUAUACUUAUUUUUCAUUUAUAUUUUUGCGAUUUAUUUUAAUUUUCGAAGAGACGAAAUUCCACGUAUCCACGCCAAACGUUUAUCGUUAAUUUCUCGAGUGUCUGAUACGCAAUUGUAUAUAUAUAGGUUUGAUCAGGAAUUGGACGAAGGGGGAAGCAAUGAGAAACGGAGAAAGAUUCAGUGCAGGCCUAAUUUUGAAGCGAAUAGAAUAGUUUCUCCUUUUUAUUUCAACCGGUUUCCUCGAUAGAAUUCUAUUUUUUCUACGAUUUUUACGUUUCUUGUUUCCAACCAACCAGUCCAGAUUUGUACGAAUUUGUCGAGCGAUUCGAACGGCACUACGGUCGUUCUGCCAUUCCAUCAUCCGAUGCGAUUGUUUAUGCAAAUGGGCUUACGAUUUCGCAUUUAGAACGACACGUGUACGACAAUUGUGAACGCUAUGGAUUUUUGUAUAGCUCGAUAUUGGUUUCCAUUACGAUAUUAUACACGAUGUCUGCUAAUUCACGAGAGAAAUAGAGUUAGAGAGAUUAUUUUAUAGAGAUAAGAGGGAAAUAAUUGAGGUAUUCGCCUGUUUUUUCAGAUGUAUAAAUAUUUAAUCAAACAUUGAAUUGAAUUACGAUGUUAUUGGAAUAGUAAUUUUAAAUAUUUUUUUUUUUUUUUUCUUAUUUCGAAUUGUCGAAAAUCUUCUCGAUUCCACUCGCGUUCAAGGGACACCUCGUGCAUAUUUAUAUAUCCAGUGAUCAUCGCUUCUAUUCAUUCGCGGCGAGAGUUCUGUUUCCAGACACGAUAUUUCCUUACGCACGAAGGCACCAUCUAUUCUGCAAGCUUUGCGAGGGAAAUCAUGGAAGCCGAUUCAAUGAAACAUCGAAGAAAUAACUUGUAUCUCCUCGUAUCCCUUCGAAAUGGAAUUCAUUCCUGAUUUCCAUCUGCGCUGUUUUAUCGAUAAAAGAGAGAAAAACAUUGUGCUCGGUACACAACGUGUACUAUAGAUAAGUUUUCGUUCCAAUUUUUCUCUUCUUUCAAUUGGUAAAAAAGAAAAAUCCAUCUCGUUUUUUUCAGUUUUGAAAAAUUUCAUUUCCAUCCUCGAUGUUCGUAGAUCGUCACAGUUAUCGUAAUUUAUCGUCGAUUUCAACGAUAACGAGAGAACAUUAAAAAUUUCUAUAGUUAAUUUCUGUAUAGUGUCGAUCUUUACGUGUCCUCUUGUACAUACAACACAGUAUAGAUGGUAUUAAUAAAGACGUGUCGUUGGUUCUCACGUUUAAUUUCACAAGUUCGCAAGUUCAAGUUACUUUCGAGUGUGAUACGCGAAUAAACCGUUCUUCGUUCAAACAGUUUCAGUUUUCUCUCGAGAUGGAAAGUAUUUCAACUUAAUACUCCUGUAACAAUACUCAAACGUUUCCUCGAAACGAUUCUCCGCGAAUUCUCUAUGAAACGGAUAAAAAAGAUGGAGGCGUCGAAAUAAAAUUUCGAUCAAUUUUCGAUUUCAACUCGAUUAUCCGAAAGAGCGCGUAAAAAAAUUAUCUCGAUCGUUGAUUCUUGCAGACCAGCAAUAUAUCGCCAAACAAUCUUCCAACUCGUCGAAAGAACAAAUUAUUAUCGCAUUGUAGCUUAACAAUAAUUCACCGAUCGAAUAAAACGAUACACCGCGGUUACGAAUAAAACUUUCGAUUCAAACUCGAAAGAGAGAGAGAGAGAGACUCGAGUCGUUCGCCGUUAAAAAAAAAAAAAAAGAAACACGCGAUUCUCUCGAUAUCCACUAAUCAUCCACCGGUGAUUAAUUGUAAUUUAAAAAUCCUCGCUAGCCUCGUAAUCAUCGUGAAUAAUUCGCGAUUCGCGUGGUGGUGAAUAACGCGAUGAAUUAAUUAAUCGUGUAAAGUUAUCGAGCCACUCGACGUACCGUAUUAGAGCCUUAGGAACGUAAUUCCGUAAUUAAGUAACGUAACGAACACUAGCUCUAGGCGCUACGAGCCUACGAAUCUAAUCUUGUCCUAACGGCAUACAAAGUAAACGUAGCGUGUAAAUUGAAAGUCGGUGCAAAGAGGGAGGGGGGAGGUUGGAAAAAUUCGCCAUGUGUCGAAUUUAUUCGUCGCGUUAUGACUCGACACGACGACGUCCCCUCGUAGAAAACGCCGACUUUAUUCCGUGUAAUUUGAAUAGCAACGACAGGCGGUUCGUAAUUUGUGUCUGUCGGUUCGUAGAGUUUAAGAAUCUACUUUACCCUUCGAGUGCGAGCGAUUUCGCCUCGAGGAUACGUAUAAUCGUAUAAAUUGUAAAUAUAUAUAUUCGGGCGGGGAACUCCAUUCUCCGGAAUUCUGUCUUUAAAAAUUUUCCGUUCCAAGAGUUUUUCCGGGAUUUUUCUUUUUUUUUUCUUUUCUUUCCUCGUCGUCGGAAAUCUGAAAAUUAGAAAAAUUAAUUAAAAACGAAAGAAAAAAUAAUAAUAAUGAUAAACAAUCUCGCGAUUGAAAAUUUAAAGACAGUAUUAUCCCGGGGAUAAUGCCUCGUGUAGAUUUAAAUUAGGACGAGGAUGUAAGGAUGUAAGAUAGUCGUUAAGAACUUCGUAAAUCGUUAUUAUUACACUGUACAUAACAAUGAUUAUUACUCAUCGUCCCGUGAGCUGAAUAUCCAACUCUACACUCUACAUACUCGCGAAGCGAUACGAAAAAAAUAUUGUAUUUUCGCAUCGAGCGAGCAAGCGUCAUGAAAAAAUGCAUUAAAAUUUCAAAAUCUUUCCAACGGAUUGCACGAAGUUUAAGUUCGAUUGUACGUAAUUAAAUGGUGCGAAAACAACGUAUGUCGAUCAAUCACGAUUCUCCUAUCCUUAAUAUCUUAAAUAAGAGGAGAGCAACAAGAGUAUCGUUCCCUCCUUGUUACUCAUCAAAAUUCAAAUACAAAUUUCGUUUCACGAUGAUGAUACCCCUCUCAUUGGUUAUCCAGAUACUUUCGAGCGCCCACGACUCUUCUGCCAUCUACGCGGAUGGCCACGAAAUUAUCCAAACGCCGCGAGAAUAACUCGAAUAAUUAUCGCGGAACAUAAUGAACGAAACCGUCAUCGUUAUCGAGGCGAUUCAUCCAUUCAUUCAACGACGAAAAAUCGUCAAAUCAUUUUCGCGUGUAAAAAAUUAACGGGGAUGAUAAUACACGUGUCGUCGAUUCACCCCCUGCCUGGCCGCAAUAAGCGAAUAAAUACGUUCGAAGCGCCCUCGAAAAUGUCGAUCAGGGUUGGCCUCGGUCUCGUGGAAACAUUUUACGGAGGGGGAUCGAAUAGGAUGAGCUUCGAGCAGGACGAGCUUCGAGUCGAAACGAAAUCGUG